AUAACUACACGAUAAUUAAACUUGAAAUUUUAUAACCCAAGUCUUAUUUCCCCUGAAACUAAAAAUAAUCGUUGAUAUAUCUGUCACUAACAAAUAAUAAAAUGAAAUUCAGAGAGCUUAUUUCACGAACGAUAGGCUGCAAUUUUAAACAGAAAUAUGAAAAUAAUCCAAGGGAGGUUGUAAAAGAAAAACGAAAACAUGAAGGAAGUCCAUUGGUGCAAUAUGUUGCUGGUUUUUUCGCUUGCAUGUCUACAGCAGUUUGGGGAGCCUACGCAGCCUGGCCAUCACCAGCUAUUCCCCACUUGACCAGGGAAAACUCAACCUUCGUAGUUACGGAUGUGCAAGGAGGUUGGAUCGUUUCCCUUUUUAUGCUCGGAGACCUAAUUGGUGGACUGAUAAAUCCAUUAUUCAUCGAUCGAAUAGGCCGAAAAUAUACCUUAUUACUUUUUUACCUACCAGGAUUGAUCGGCUGGAUGCUAAUCAUAUUCGCAAACAAUUAUGUAUAUCUCUAUGUUGCAAGAUUAAUUGCUGGAAUAGGUCAAGGAGGUGUCUAUGCUCCACUGGUGAUAUAUGUAACAGAAAUUUCUGAAAAGAACAUCAGAGGUAUUUUGGUCAACAUGAUAAAUAUAACGUAUGCAGCUGGUAUCUUCAUCUUUACAUCAAUGGCAGUUUAUGUAUCCUACGAGACCUUAAACCUGACAUGUGCUUCUAUAUCAAUAAUUUUUUUGCUAAUAUUUCCACUUCUACCAGAAACACCAUAUUAUUAUCUAAUGACAGGUCGAACUGAUGAUGCUCUCAAGUGCUUGAUGAAGUUGAGAGGAAUUAAUGAAUCAGAUAAGCUGGAUUCAGAUAUCAGGGAGAUGCAACUGGCAAUAAACGAGGAUCAAAGACUUAGCAAAUCUGGAUUUAUGGAGUUGAUCAGCAAAAGCUGUAAUAGGAAAGGCUUGGCGAUUAUAUUCUGCAUGAAGCUGACUCAAUUCCUGUCAGGAAUAGAGGCUAUUUCUGCGUAUGCUCAACAGAUUUUCACUAAAAGUAGUCCUUCUAUAAAUCCGGGAGUUCAAGUGAUGAUUCUAAAUGGAAUUUCGUUACUUGCUUCUCUUGUAACUAACAUCGUGAUAGAUAGAUUUAAUAGAAGAACUCUUUUUUUGUCUUCUGGAUUAUUAGGCUCGCUUUCCUUAGGAAGCGUGGGUCUAUUUUUCUUUAUGGAAUUGUACCUUAAGGUUGAUGUCUCUUCUUAUAAAAUGAUACCACUUGUGGCAUUGGUUUUAUUUUAUGUGUUAUAUCAGUUAGGGUUUGGUAUUAUUCCCUUCAUUGUUCAAGGAGAACUGUUUUCGAUAAAUGUGAAAGGAAGGGCGGUUGCUUGUGGGAUGGUUAUGGGAUCAUUUUUUUCGUUCAGUACUUUGGCAGGUUACAAUGUUUUAAGCAAUGCUGCUGGUGUUUAUAUGGCCUUUUUCUUUUUUGCAACAACAGCACUUUUGGGAUCUGUGAUCACAUUUUGGAUUAUGCCUGAAACGAAAGGAAGGUCUUUGGAGGAAAUUCAGGCAAUGAUGAAUCCGGAAAUGAAGAAGGGGUUGGAGUCUGCACGUAAAAUAAAAAAAUCUUCUAAAUUGGAAACUUAAUUCUCCAACUAUUAUUUGUUCUUAUAAAGAUAUUUGUAAAUAACAACAGACUGUAAAAAACGAAGCGACAAAAUAAAGUGUAUCAGAAACUCCGCGCCCCGGAUGUAAAAUUUACAAUAGUUUGUGAAUUGUU